AUGAAUACUACUAUUACAAAUAAUACAAUGAAUAUUGUACCAAUUAGUCAACAACAACAGCAACAACAGCAACAACAACAGCAACAACAGCAACAACAACAACAACAGCAACAACAACAGCAACAACAGCAACAACAACAACAACAGCAACAACAACAGCAACAACAGCAACAACAACAACAACAGCAACAACAACAACAACAAAUGGAAGUUGGUGAUACACCAGGAACUUAUUUAUGUUCAAAAUGUGGUCAAAUUAAAAAAGGUCAUUUAUGUCCAGAAAAGAGAGGUGGUGGUGUUACUAUUAGUGGUGUUGCUGGUAGUAGUAUUGGUAUUGGUGGUAUUAGUAAUGUUGGAGGGGUUAUUGGUGGUAGUGGAGCUAGUAGUAGUGGUGUAGUUGGUAUUGAUCAACAAGUUAUGCCAAUGUUUGGUAUGCAAGGUGCAAUGGCAACUAGAAGAGCCAAUAUUCAGUUACAACAAAUCUUUCAACAACAACAACAACAACAAAAACUUCAAAAUGAUAUUCAACUUCAAAGCUUUAAUGAAUAUCAACAACUUCUAAUUGAACAACAUGCUGCCACCUCUUACUUUAGCUAUACACUAACACCUGAACAAAAAAAAGCACGUGAAAAGAAUGCUUCCGAUUUUAAUUCAAUCUUAUUAUUAGAAAGACAAGAAAGAUAUCCACAUUAUUUUGAUCCACAUACAAAAACACUUCAAGUUAUUAGUAGUUGGGGUAUUAAAGUUUCAGAUAAAUGGAAUGAUGUACCAGAAUUUGAAAAGAAAUUAAUAAAUUAUCAAAAUCAACAAAUGAUUAAUAAUAGAUACGUUUAUUUACAACAACAACGUGAUAUUCAUGAGAUUCAAAAAGAGAUGUUAAUGAAUCAUCAGAAGCAAGAGAAACAAAUCGCAAGAUAUCAAGAAUUGGAGAGAGAUAGAAAAAAGAAGAUCGAAGAAGAGAUCGAAGCUAUUGUACGUCCAAGAUCUAAUGUGUCUGCUUAUUUUCACUAUAUGAAUAUUAAUCGUGAAGAUGAGAAAAGAAUGAACCCUGAUGUACCACUCUCAGAUAUCUCAAAGAUUUUAGGCGCAAAAUGGAAACAAUUGACACCAGAUGACCAAAAAGAGUACUAUGAAAAAGCUAGAGAAGAUAAAAUUCGUUAUGAAAAUGAGAUGGUAUUGUACAAUCAAAAAUGUAAAGAAGUUGAAAAUAGUUUCCCACAAAUUAACUUUCAAUUAUUAAUUAAUUCACCACCACCACAACCAACUCAACAACAAUUACAACAAUUACAACAACAAAGACAAAUUCAACAACAAUUACAACAACAACAACAACAACAACAAUUACAACAACAACAACAAUUACAACAACAAUUAUUACAACAACAACAACAACAACAAUUACAACAACAAUUAUAUCAACAACAAUUACUACAACAACAAUUACAAUUGCAACAACAACAACAACAACAACAACAACAGAAACCAAUGCAACAACCAUUACAACAACCAUUACAACAACAACCAAUGCAACAACAACAACCAAUGCAGCAACAACAAUUGCAAAAUCAACAACAGCAACAACCAUUACAAAAUCAACAACAACAACAACAACAACAACAACAACCAUUACAAAAUCAACAAAUUAUUAAUAAUAUUACAAGUUCAAGUACAUCAACUAGUGGUCAACAAUUUACAUGUGAUCAUUGUAGUCAAUUAGAUUUGAAUAGUAAUUUAAUAACUUGUUCAUCAUGUAGUAAAAAGUAUCAUGCUAAAUGUUUAAAUUUACAUCAAAAGUGUAUUGAUAAGUAUAGAGAAGAUCCAACUCAAUGGAAGUGUACAGAUUGUAAAAGUUGUGAACUAUGUGAUGACUCUGGUCAUGAUGAGAAAAUGUUAUUUUGUGAUGUUUGUGAUAAAGGUUAUCAUACUUUUUGUUUAACACCACCAUUAUCUCAAACUCCUGAAGGUGGUUGGAGAUGUAACGAUUGUGCUUUCUGUAUUCAUUGUUAUUCAAGAGUUGAUAAAAAUAGUCUCAAUAAAAUUAAAUGGAAAGAAAAUUAUACAUGUUGUGAUUCUUGUUUUUCAAAAGGUUUUAGUGAAAAAUCAAAAUAUUGCCCAAUUUGUAGUCAUUCAAUAAAAGAUGAAGGAGAAGAAGAAGAUUCUAUAACUACUUGCCAAUAUUGUCAUAAAUCAGUUCACGAUCAUUGCGAUCAAAAUAUUAUAGAUAACCUUGAAAAUGAGCAUUUCAUUUAUAAAUGUCCAAAUUGUAUUAGUGACAAGCAAAUAAAACCAAGAGGAAUAAUUGGUGUUGUUGAAGAAAAGACUCCAAAGAAAUCAUUAGGUAAAAGAAAAAAGAAAGAUGAUGAAGAUGAUGUUAAUAUUGAAGAUUAA